AUGAUACUCGCCGCUGUUGCUGUUCUCGUCUUAUACGCGCCUUCAGUAGUCUUCGCCCUCGUUGGGAUCUCUUGGAAUGCCACAGAUGGUCCUUCCUAUGGGUUGAAGGACGUCACUUUCCCUUUCAGCAUCAGCCAAACUCCUCACAAGUCCGGCUACUACUUUGCCCAGCAGUUCGGCUUCAUUGGUCAAAGUGACGUCGGAUACGCUGGCCUCCAGCCUCGGCCAGACUCGGGCGGAAAACCCAUCAUCCACGCGGUUUUCUCUUCGUUCGCGUCGGGCACCACGACCAAUGACCCCAACUGCGCUCCUGGGGCUGAUGGUGGCCCUGGCGUGAGUUGCAGUGUUGAGUUCAGCGCACCUUACUCUAAUGGUUUCAAUUUGGUUGUCCAGAACACCGUUGGCACGACCUGGAUGGGAACCUCGGUUGAUACUACGACUGGUAGUAGAGUCCAUGUCGGCACAUGGACGCUGCCGAGUGGAACCCAGGGAAUUGCUAAUAGUCAGGUCGGUUUCGUGGAAUACUACCUUUGGAACGACGGGCAACAACACGCUUGCUCCUCUCUACCCUACACGUGGGUCACCUUUGGUACCCCCACUUCGACGACUAGCGGCGUUAAUUUUGGCUUGUCGAACGCUUUCGAAUAUGGCGACUGUGUUGGCAAAGUUGCGUUCAAAAACCCGAGGACCUCCGGGGGCGUCCAAGUUCAGAUCGGCUUUUGA